UUCAGGUGAACAAUCAGAAUAAUGUUCAGCAUAAAUCUGUUGGAGAACCUGAAGGUUUACAUCAGCAGCCGACCUCCGCUUGUGGUCUUUAUGAUCAGUGUGAGUGCUAUGGCAAUAGCUUUUCUGACACUGGGUUAUUUCUUCAAAAUCAAGGAGAUCAAGUCACCAGAAAUGACAGAGGACUGGAAUACUUUCCUCCUGAGGUUUAAUGAUUUGGACUUCUGUAUAUCCGAGAAUGAAACCUUAAAGCAUCUCAUCAAUGACACCACAACUCCAGAAAGCACGGUGACUAGUGGACAGGCAAGAUCUUCUACACAGUCUCCACAGACUCUUGAGGACUCUGGUCCAAUAAACAUCUCUGUUGCCAUCACAUUGACCCUGGACCCACUCAGGCCCUUUGGUGGAUAUUCUCGCAAUGUCACCCAUCUAAGUUCCACAAUUUUUGGACACCAAAUUGGACUUUCAGGCAGAGAAUCCCAUGAGGACAUAAAUAUUACAUUCACCCUGCCAGCUGCCUGGAAUUCAGAUGACUGCGUUCUCCACGGCCACUGCGAGCAGGUGGUGUUCACAACCUGCAUGACUGUCACAGCAGCCAGCAACGUGUUUCCUGUCACAGUUCAGCCACCACAUUGUGUUCCUGAGACCUACAGCAACGCCACGCUUUGGUACAAGAUCUUUACCACAGCAAGGGACUCCAACACAAAGUAUGCACAAGACUACAACCCCUUCUGGUGUUACAAAGGAGCGAUCGGAAAAGUGUAUCACGCUCUAAAUCCCAAACUGACUGUUAUAGUUCCAGAUGAUGAUCGCUCUCUAAUAAACCUGCAUCUCAUGCACACCAGUUACUUUCUUUUUGUGAUGGUGAUUACAAUGUUCUGCUAUGCAGUUAUUAAAGGCAGACCAAGCAAACUGAGGCAAAGCAAUACAGAAUUCUGCUCUGAAAAGGUGGCUUUGUCAGAAGCAUAAUCCAUCCUCUCCUUUUCCUGAGACUGACUGAGAACCGUAAUCAUUUUAACCCAGACUGGGUCUUAACACUCUGUGAAUACAUUAUCUUGCAAUGUUGGUUUAUUCCAACCAAAGACAUUUCAAGUGCCUGUAAUUGAUUUGUACAUAUUUAUAAGAGUAUAUUCAGUCAGAUGAUGCACUUGUUCCGCGUUGUAGUGCGGCCGGAACCUUCCAGUCUUUCCCUGUGGACAUAGCCGAAUGUUUGUGUAGAUAUGUUUAGUGAUAUGGCUACCUAGAGUCAGAGCAAGAUAUUUUUGUCUAGCUGCAUCUGGGCAGGUUAAGAUGCCUUUGCAAGUGUCUCAAACCAACCAACAGAUCUUUGUUUCUUUUUUUUGCCCGAUGAUAUGUACAGUGUGUUUGAAACAGUAUGCACCUUUGAUAUAAUACUGCAUUUCCAAAGCCACCCAUCUACUACAUGAUUUAAAUGUGUAUUUGUGUGGCCUAAUACUUUCUUCCAUUUGCUCCUUGCUUGCAAGAAAAGAUAUCAACAUUUUAGACUUUUUUUUUCUUGAAAAAGGAAAUACAUAUUCACAUUUUAAUAGUGCUGUAUUUAGGAC